CUGUUUCAGAUAGCUGCACGAUCAGCGCUAUUUUAUAAUUAUGGAACAACAAGUAGAUCAGGAAAGGGUUUAUAUCUUUUCCACAAACCGCAGUGGACCAGUUCAGAGAUCCGAAUAAUGAAUAAAAAGAAGGAAAUUUACGCUGCAUUCCCGUUACAAUCACACGGCGACCUUCUUUCCUUAACUCUUCCAAUGAUUCGGAUCAUUCGGCCGCAGAAACUGGAUUGCUGUCAAUACAAAGUGCUUAUGUCUAUGGAUUCCACUGCAUGUUGCAGUAGCCCUGUUGGCGUCGGCUUCAAUCCACGGGUAAAACAAACAUUCCCUACAGUCGUCGACGAGGAAGAAGAGUUCGAAAUAGAAGAAAUUGAUAUAUGA